AUGUCUAAAAUCAAAGCACCUUUAGACAAAUUACUUCAUAAAAAUGAAAAAUUUAUUUGGAACGCUGAUUGUCAAAAAGCCUUCCAGGAAUUUAAAACCAUUUUAAACUCAGAUUUAAUGCUUACGCAUUAUAAUCCAAGUUUACCAAUAAAAGUGGCAGCAGACGCCUCCAAUAAAGGUAUUGGAGCGUUCAUUUGCCAUGUUUUCCCAGACGGUUCAGAAAAAGUAAUGCAACAUGCUUCCAAAACUUUAACAGAGGCAGAACAAAAAUACUCGCAAAUUGAAAAAGAAGCUUUAGCUUUAGUUUUUGCACUAAAGAAAUUUCAUCGCUACAUUUUCGGUCGUAAGUUCACACUUUGCACAGACCAUAAGCCGCUAUUAGCAAUAUUUGGCAAAAAUAAGGGCAUUCCAACUUAUGCAGCAAAUAGACUUCAGCGGUGGGCGCUUAUAUUAAUGAUGUACGAUUUCAACAUACAAUACGUAAAAACAACAGAUUUUGGUUGUGUUGACAUGCUGUCACGACUUAUUGCAAAUCACACAAAGCAAGAUGAAGAUAUGGUUAUCGCUUGUACUCAACUUGAAGAAGAAAUGAACACGAUCAUUCAAGAUCAAUGUGCAAAACUACCUGUGAGCUUCGAAAUGAUCAGAAAAGCAACAAAGCAAUGCCCAACAGCACAAUCAGUCAUAAAUGCAUUAUACAAUGGAUGGCAGCAAGAAAUACCGCAGGAAUUACGUCCAUUUCAUGCACGUAAAGAUGCACUUAGCGUGAUUCAAGAUUGUUUGAUGUUUCAUGAACGCAUUGUGAUUCCAGAGAAACUACAAACACAAAUUUUACGUCAACUACAUAGAGGACAUCCAGGCAAGGAACGGAUGAAAUUAUUAGCGCGGUGUUACGUAUAUUGGCCUGGUAUUGACGAGGCUAUAGCAACGUAUACGCGAAAUUGUCAACUUUGUGCAUCGGCAGCUAAAUUGCCUAUAAAACAUACAUUACAAUCAUGGCCUUUAGCAACACAGCCUAUGGAACGGAUACAUAUUGAUAUAGCAGGACCAUGCAAUGGGGUUUACUAUUUUUUAAUCGUGGACGCAUUUUCAAAAUUUCCAGAAAUUUUUCAAAUAACCAACAUUACAACGCAAACAAUCGUUAGCAAGCUCAAUGAAAUGUUUUCACGUUAUGGAGAUUGUAAAAUAUUGGUAUCUGAUAACGGUACGCAAUUUACAAGUGCAACGUUUCAACAAUUCUUAAAAUCGCGGGCCAUCCAGCAAAUAAGAACAUCGCCUUAUCAUCCCCAGUCCAAUGGACAGGCCGAACGGUUUGUAGAUACGCUGAAAAGGGCAUUACUAAAGUUAAAAGAGGAAGGAACAGAUUUAGAAAACUUGCAAACAUUUUUGCAGACAUAUAGGUCCACACCAAAUCCAAAUGUAUUGGAGCGUAAAUCGCCAGCAGAGGCGUUCAUCAACCGACAAAUCAAAACAAUGCUGGAUUUAAUUAAACCUGGUAAACGUUAA